GGCCCUCUCCCCUGACGGCAGGAACGUUUUCCCGCUCUCGGGAUCACGGAGCGUUUCUCGGUCUCGGCCGCUCUCCCCUCACAGCAGGAUCGGUUUUCCCGCCCAGGGUUGGACGCUCUCCCCUCACAGUAGGAACAGUAUUCUCGGCCGCUCUCCCCUCACGGUUAGGAACGGUGUUCCCGCCCUCGGGCUCGGCCGCUCUCCCCUCACGGCAGGAACGGUGUUCCCGCCCUCGGGCUCGGCCGCUCUCCCCUCACGGCAGGAACGGUGUUCCCGCCCUCGGGCUCGGCCGCUCUCCCCUCACGGCAGGAACGGUGUUCCCGCCCGGGGUUGGGCUCUCUCCCCUCACGCAGUAGCGAUGUUUCCCCCGCCGCUGCCGGCUGCUCUCCCCUCACACUCCGGCUCCGCUCGGGGUGCUCGGCCCGCCCCAUCCAUCCACACGUGAGGCGGCCGCUUACGCGGAAAUCUUGAGCCUCUCGCGCUCCCGUCCGGGCGCCGCUGUCCGCGGAGCACCGGCGGCCGCCGCAGCCGCUCUUCCUCCGCUGCUGCCAUGUCCGGCCUGGCCAAAGCCUCCGGCGCGCUCAAAUCCGUGGAUUACGAAGUGUUCGGGCGGGUGCAAGGUGUUUGUUUCAGGAUGUACACAGAACAGGAAGCCAAGAAAUUAGGAGUGGUUGGCUGGGUUAAAAACACCAGCCAAGGAACUGUGACAGGCCAAGUUCAGGGCCCAGAAGAGAGAGUGAAUGAAAUGAAAUCCUGGCUGAGCAAAGUUGGAAGCCCAAGUUCCCGCAUCGAUAAAACGAGCUUUUCCAACGAAAAGGAGAUUGCCAAGCUUGACUUCUCGGAUUUCAACACUAGAUACUAACAGGAGGGCACCUCACUAGGCACAAAACUGACAUUUCUGCUGCAUGGUAUUUUCUGUGCCUCCAUCAAAUGUCACCAGAGCACUGGGAUGCUUUUCUGUACUAGGGAUAAACGUAAAUGCUCCCUGUUCUCACCAAGUAAGAAUUCCUGGUUGCUGUGUUAGACAUCUUACACCAUGAAUGUCAACAUUUAGUGUUUAAAAUGCCAAUAUCUAAUUUAUUGCAGCUUUGAAAGACAGAUAAAAGCUUAGUGCUGGUGGUUAUUUGUGCACAAUGAGACUUGUUACAUACAAACAGAUGGUACCUAAUCUUUACACUGUGAGUCAUAUUUGAGAUGAAAAAUAAUAAUAAAUUUAUGUUCUAUUGUUUGUAAUCUCACAAAAAAUACAUACCCACAGAACUGGAACACUUGAGAGUUCUGUGUAACAAGUCUAUUAGAGACCAGGCUCUUUGUGGUAAUUAAUUAAGUUAUAGUGGUAAUUUAAAAUAAAUACAUUGUUUCAAACUAG